CAUAGACAACAAAAUAAUGACAGUAACGGCGAUGGCGGUGGCCACGGCGGCAACGUCGGCGGCGGCACCAGCAGAGGCGACGACGGCGGUGGCCACGGCGGCGGCACCAGCAGAAGCGACGACGGCGGCAGCAUCGGCGGCGGCACCAGCAGAGGCGACGACAGCGGUGGCCACGGCGGCAGCGUCGGCGGCGGCACCAGCAGAGGCGACGACGGCGGCAGCGUCGGCGGCGGCACCAGCAGAGGCGAAGACGGCGGUGGCCACGGCGGCACCAGCAGAGGCGAUGACGGCGGUGGCCACGAAGAUGGUAGCGGUGGUGGCAUUGACAAUAACCAUGCUGGCGACCUCGACGACGAGAGUAACAACAGUAACAAGAAGACCGAUAACAUCAACAACAUCAGCA